AUGAGCAGUAUUAUCAGAUCUCGUGGUUUAUAUUCAUCAAAACGCUUGGUUAAUGUGGCCGGAAGACAGGCUAUUAGGACACUACCAGUUGUGAAAAAAAGUUUAGCUUUUUAUAGCGGUUACGGAUAUAAUGAUGACGAUAAUUAUAAUGGAGCAAGAGCUGGAGGUUGGGGUAGCUCUAUGGAACGACAGUCUUUACCUCGAAAUACUAUCGUCAAAUUUGUUCCUCAACAAGAAGCUUGGAUUGUUGAGCGUAUGGGAAAGUUCCAUCGAAUCCUAGAUCCUGGGUUGAACAUUUUAGCACCGUUCAUUGAUAGAGUCAAGUAUGUUAAAAGCCUGAAAGAAACAGCAAUUGAGGUGCCUAGUCAAAGCGCUAUCACCCAAGAUAACGUAACACUUGAGUUGGAUGGUGUAUUAUAUUUCAGAUGUGUUGAUCCGUUUAAGGCUUCUUACGGUGUUGAAGAUGCAGAAUUUGCUAUUACUCAACUUGCGCAGACGACAAUGAGAGCUGAGAUUGGUCAAAUGACUCUUGAUCGUACUUUAGCAGAGCGUGCCUAUCUAAAUAUGAAUAUUGUGGAUGCUAUCAAUUCAGCUGCGGAAGAUUGGGGAAUUCGUUGCUUGCGUUAUGAGAUUCGUGACAUACAUCCACCAUCUAAAGUAGUAGAAUCAAUGCAUCAGCAAGUUUCAGCUGAAAGGACAAAGAGAGCUCAAAUCUUAGAGUCAGAAGGUGCUCGACAAGCAGCUAUUAAUGUUGCGGAAGGCCGUAAACAGUCAACAAUUCUAGCCUCUGAAGCUCAAAAAGCUGAAAGGAUCAAUAUGGCAGCAGGUGAGGCGGAAGCCAUUCUUUUGAAAGCUAAAGCCUCUGCGGAAGGUAUUGAACGUGUGGCUAGGGCCAUUGCUGUCAAUCAGGGCAAUGAAGCAGUAUCCAUGACUGUAGCCGAAAAAUAUGUUGAUGCUUUUGGUAAAAUGGCGAAAGAGGGCACUACUAUCAUAGUGCCCGCUGCAGCAAACGACGCCGCGUCGAUGGUGACACAGGCUUUAGCGAUCUUCAAGACUAUCAAUAAAAAGAGGCCUGCUACUGGUACAAUAGAGGAAUUACCGCAAGAAGAUCUGUUUUCAACAAAAACAGCAACAAAGCAGAAGGUAAAAGACGUGUCAAAGGCUAUCGAGAAGUUGAAGGAUGACAGCAACACCUCGAAUAUAUAA